UGGCAGAACCAUGAUAGAACCUCUUGUUUUAUGUGGAGAGUGACGUUUUGUCCCUGUUGGUCUUCCACUCUCCGGUGUGGCGUCUCUGUUCCCGCCCUUUCGUCUCCUCGUUAUUGUUUGUUAAUUAGUUCAUGUCCUGCACCUGUCCCCUCUUGAUUUAUCCCCUUUAUAAUGCCCUUGUGUCUUCUGUCUCGUGCUGGUUCAUUGUACUGUGUCGUGUUUGUGUAAUGUGGUGAGUUCCUGUCUUUGGGUUAGUUUAGUUUAUUUUUUAGUUGUGAUGUGUUUUAGUCUAGUCCUGUUAGUUUAGUUAGUCUUGUUCCUGUUUCCAUGUUUGUUACUUUACCCCCACGUGGGUCUUUGUUUUGUUGCUUUUUAUUUAUUAAAGUUUGUGUUAACCCCUUACCCGCUGUCUGCACCUGGGUCCUCUGUCUCUGUGUCUCUCACCACCCACCAUUCAUGACACAUUGUAAUCUGGUGAAUGCCACUUUGGUGAAAUAAAGUCCCAAUGUCCUGAAAAUCUGUACAUUGUUCCAUUGUCCCCCUAAUGUGAAUACAUACAUGCAAACUGUGUGUGUGUGUGUGUGUCCCUGUACCCACACUUUGUGGCACGCACAACAUUUACACCUGUUAAAUUUUUUUUAGUGAUUUUGUUAAUGUGUAAUUCUUGUAAAAUAGUAUAUUGUAAAUUGCUGAGUUUCAUUCUUAUAAAAUCUUUUAAUAUAUAAAUCUUUUAAUGAGUGGAUUCAUGCGUGUGGGUAAGUGGGUUGAUGGGGGGCACCUCUGGGGCUGUUGCCCAGGGGCACCAUGAGGUCAUAAUACGCCUCUGCCCCCACCACUGCCACACUUCUCAUGUGCAUGAUUUAAAUGACUAUUAUUGCUGAGGCACAACACAGCAGACCUGAAUCUUGCAUGGAAUAAUUGAUUUAAUGCUCAAUCAUAAUACUUGCUAGUACAUCAUGAACAAAAGGUGAGUUAACAGUAAGCUAACAACUAUAUAAUAAUGCCAUGUCUGGUUGUGAUGUAAUCCCAGAUGGUGUUUUACUGGAAGCUGCACCUGGGUGGAGCCAAACUAUAUUGAUCAUAUUGCUUUUUGUUUUAUAGGAGAGUGGACCUUAACUAAACCCAUUUGAGUGACGUCACAACAGGACCAGAAAGAGGCGUGAGACAUGCAAAUAAGUGGGAUGAAAACGGGUUGUGCCCCUCAGAAAUCACACAGAUGACAGAAUGAAUGUGGAUAACAGCAGCAUGAAGCAGCAGCGAGCAUCAUCGCCAGCGAGGUUCAAAGACUCGCCAUCCAAAACCAAAAGCACGUCUGCCAAAUCUCCUGCUGCUUCAAAAGCAGGCGGUAAACGUAGCCGCAGUAAUUCUCCAGUCACUGUAAAUGCCGGUAAAGACAAGCAGGCUAAAGGCGCGGCAGCUGUCCUCGCUAGUGGUGCUGAAAGCCCGACGCUUAAGAGGGCGGACAAGAGCAGGAGCAUUGAGGAGCGCAGCAGCUCCUCCGAGGAGCCCUAUGGCGCAGACGAACCCGGUGUGGUGGUCUCCGAUCAGCCGAGCUCUACUAAAUCCUCUCAAGCUAAAAGGGAGACCGGUAGGGCCGACGGAGGCAAGCAAAGCGCUAAGAGUGCAGUUGGAUGCGGCCCGGGCUUUUGGAGGGAGGGGUGCCUGCAGUCUGAACUAAUACAGUUUCACAUGAACAAAAGCUUGAAGAAAGAAAGUAGUAUGCAGGCGAAAGAAUCGAGUUCGCCAGUGGCGGAGCGGCAGGUGCAGGAGGACAUCGCUCGACAGACGGAGGCCAUAGCUCAACAAAACCGCGAACUGCAGGAAGAAAUCAAGAAAUUAGAGGAGGAGAACGAAUACCUCAAGCAUGAGAUUGACGAAGUGCGAGCAGAGAUGGAUGAAAUGAGGGACACUUUCUACGAGGAAGACGCAUGUCAGCUGCAGGACAUGCGACGUGAGCUUGAGAGAGCCAAUAAGAACUGCCGAAUUCUUCAGUAUCGACUGCGCAAGGCAGAGAGGAAGAGACUGCGAUAUGCCGAAACAGGUGAAAUCGAUGGGGAUCUGCUGAGGAGCCUGGAGCAGGAUUUAAAGGUGGCCAAGGAUGUGUCAGUGAGACUGCACAAUGAACUGGAGAAUGUGGAAGAGAAACGAACGAAAACGGAUGAGGAGAAUGAAAGACUGAGGCAAAAGCUGAUUGAAGUGGAGGUGACCAAACAAGCAUUACAAAAUGAACUGGAGAAGACCAAAGAGCUUUCACUAAAACGAAGAGCGGGAAAAGAUGUACAGAAAUCAGAAAAGAGGACUCCACAAACCCCAACAGAGGAGGAAAAUGAAGAUCUAAAAUGCCAGUUGGCUUUCAUCAAGGAGGAGGCUACUUUAAUGCGGAAGAAAAUGGCUAAAAUAGAUAAAGAGAAGGACCGUCUGGAACAGGAGCUUUUGAAGUAUCGUUCCUUUUAUGGUGAUGUGGACAGUCCUCUCCCCAAAGGUGAGGCGGGCGGUCCCCCCACUACCCGAGAAUCUGAACUAAAGCUUCGUCUGCGGCUGGUGGAAGAGGAGGCCAACAUUUUAGGUCGUAAAAUUGUGGAGCUGGAGGUAGAGAACCGCGGGCUAAAGGCAGAGCUGGAUGACCUGCGCGGGGAGGAAUUAGCGGGUUCUGCGGACCCCUCAUCCCGAGGGCAGAGUGAGGCCCUUUCUGAACUGCGCCAGCAGUUACAGUUGGUGGAGGACGAGGCUGAGCUUUUACGACGGAAUUUGGCUGAUGUGGAAGAGCAGAAUGCCAAAAUGACUAGCGAGCUCAACAAGCUCAAAUAUAAGGCGGGGUCAUACGAGGGUUUGCGCUACAACAGCGGGGUGGUCGAUGGGGGAAAGGUCGAGGCUUUGCAGGAGGAGCUUAAAGCCGCCAGACUACAGAUCAAUGAGUUGAGUGGGAAGGUAAUGCAACUACAGUAUGAGAACCGCGUAUUGCUGUCCAACAUGCAACGCUACGAUUUGGCCACUCACUUUGGCAUCCGCGGCAGCCCAAGAGACAGCGAUGCAGAGAGUGACUGUGGCCGCAGAGAAAGCGAUGACGAUUGCUCUCGUCUCCCGCCACAUCGCAAACGUGAGGGUCCCAUCGGUGGAGAGAGUGACUCGGAGGAAGUGAGGAAUAUCCGGUGUCUCACGCCAACACGCUCCCUCUACAGUCCGGAGGGACGUUUUUUAUCAAGAAGUUUCAAGGACCGUCAACACAUGAUUGACAUCCGCAUAGAGGCAGAGCGGCUAAGCAGGACCAUCGAUAGACUGAUCGCUGACACAAGCACCAUAAUUGCAGAGGCACGUGUUUAUGUGACUAAUGGUGAGCUGUUUGGAAGAAUGGAUGAUGACGAUGAGGGCGGUCGAAUACGAGAACAUGAGCUUCUCUACCGCAUCAACGCUCAGAUGAAAGCUUUUAGGAAGGAGCUGCAGAACUUCAUUGACCGUCUGGAGGUACCAAAACCAGACGACAGAGAAACAGAAGAGCCACUGUCAAUGUUUCAACCCAUUAUUUUGCUUAUUCUCAUUCUUGUUUUAUUCUCGUCUUUAUCUUAUGCCACUAUUUUCAAACUAGUCUUUCUUUUCACACUUUUCUUUGUUCUGUAAUUUUGUUUUUCAGAUAUUUUUUACUGUUUUGUUAUUUUCUGCUUUUUUCAAAUUUUCUUCAUUUCCUCUUUCCUUAUUCUGUUCCCUUUUAUUGUCACAUUGAUUUUUGGACAUGUCAUUAAGGUUAUGCUAGGGACAGGAAUCAAUCAACAUUUCAGGCACAGACUACAGUCACUUCAAACACAAGCUUCCACUGAAAAACAGCAAUGAUGGGAGAGCCUCACUGUUUGCGCUGUCA